AGCAGGAGCAGCUGCCUGCCAGUGCCUACAAGAUACGGGAGGGGGCUGUGACGGUGUUGACCAUGGGGAAGAUGUUGCAUGUCGUCCUGGUGGUGGUGCUGGCCAUGGCGGCAGCGUCGGCGGCGAUGGUGAGCGCGUCGCCGGCCGAGGGGAUCCAGCCGCUAUCCAAGAUCGCCAUCCACAAGGCCACCGUGGAGCUGCACGGCUCCGCGUACGUGCGGGUGACGCCGGCGUUGCUCGGCGACCAGGGCGAAGACACCGUAUGGGUCACCGUGAAAUACGGCUGGGAGAACCCUUCCAGCGACGACUGGAUCGCUGUCUUCUCCCCUGCCGAUUUCAUCUCGGGCUCGUGCCCUAACCCGCGGAGGAACGCCGACGAGCCGGGACUCUGCACAGCGCCUAUCAAGUAUCAGUACGCCAACUACUCGGCCAACUAUCGCUACUGGGGCAAGGGCACCAUCCGGUUCCAGAUCAUCAACCAGCGCUCCGACUUCUCCUUCGCCCUCUUCACCGGCGGCUUCGAAAAUCCGAAGCUGGUGGCGGUGUCGAAGGCGGUGGCGUUCAAGAACCCCAAUGCCCCGGUGUUCCCGCGCCUGGCGCAGGGCAAGACCCACGACGAGAUGACGGUCACGUGGACUAGCGGCUACAACAUCGACGAGGCCUACCCGCUGGUGGAGUGGGGCAUGGUCGCCCCCGGCGGCGGGGUCAGGAACCCCACCCGCACGCCCGCCGGCACGCUGACCUUCAACCGCGGUAGCAUGUACACUUACAAGAGCGGGCACGAGCUCUCCGACGGUACCAUGGUGUGGGGUAAGUCCUACACUUUCCGGGCGCCGCCAACCCCUGGGCAAAACUCACUGCAACGCAUCAUCGUCUUAGGUGACAUGGGAAAGGCGGAGAGGGACGGAUCGAAUGAGUUCGCCAACUACCAGCCGGGGUCACUGAACACGACGGACACGCUGGUCAAAGAUUUGGACAACUACGACAUCGUCUUCCACAUCGGCGACAUGCCCUACGCCAACGGAUACCUCUCCCAGUGGGACCAGUUCACCGCGCAGGUCGCCCCCAUCAGUGCCAGGAAGCCCUACAUGGUUGCGAGCGGUAACCACGAGAGGGACUGGCCCAACACCGGUGGAUUCUUCGACGUCAAGGACUCCGGCGGCGAGUGUGGUGUGCCGGCCGAGACUAUGUAUUACUACCCAGCUGAAAACAGAGCAAACUUCUGGUACAAGGUGGACUACGGGAUGUUCCGGUUCUGCGUGGCGGAUACGGGGCACGACUGGCGUGAGGGGACUCCGCAGCACAAGUUCAUCGAGGAGUGCCUCUCCACGGUGGACCGGAAGCACCAGCCAUGGCUCAUCUUCGCGGCGCACCGGGUGCUGGGCUACUCCUCCAACGCGUGGUACGCCGCCGAGGGCUCCUUCGAGGAGCCCGAGGGCCGGGAGAGCCUGCAGAAGCUGUGGCAGCGGUACCGCGUCGACAUGGCCUUCUUCGGCCACGUCCACAACUACGAGCGCACAUGCCCGCUCUACCAGAGCCAGUGCGUCACCGGCGAGCGGAGCCACUACUCGGGCACCAUGAACGGCACCAUCUUCGUCGUGGCGGGCGGCGGCGGCAGCCACCUCUCCAGCUACACCACGGCCAUCCCCAGAUGGAGCGUCUUCAGGGAUCAAGACUAUGGCUUCGUCAAGCUCACGGCCUUCAACCACUCGUCGCUUUUGUUCGAGUACAAGAAGAGCAGCGACGGCAACGUCUACGAUUCCUUCACCGUCGAUAGGGACUACCGCGACGUGCUCAGCUGUGUGCACGACAGCUGCUUCCCCACCACACUCGCUCUCUGA